CUCCGGCAUGUUCUCGACGCUCUAUUUCUUCUCUCAGCUGAUUGUGACGUAAUGCGCACAGCUUAGACAGCACACAAAGACGAAAACGAGGCCGAAGAACCGCAAGUUUCCCCCCGCGUUGCCACCGGUGGAGAGUAGCGAAAGGCCGUCCUCCAUGCUGAGGGGGCGGUGGAGAGACAUUUAAGGGAGGAGACUCUUCUACAGAAAACCGCUAUCUCCCUGUCAACAACGGCCGCUUCUGACAGGCUGACACGAUUCCAUCCCGGGAGCGGCGUCGAGAGGGGUGAAAGGAGGCGACAUGGUGGAUUACUACAACAUCUUGGGAGUAUCCAAAACAGCCUCUCAGGAUGACAUCAAGAAGGCGUACAGGAAACUGGCACUAAAAUGGCAUCCUGACAAAAAUCCAGACAAUAAAGAGGAAGCGGAAAAGAGGUUUAAAGAAGUGGCCGAGGCAUAUGAAGUGCUCUCUGACCAGAGUAAACGUGACGCCUAUGACAGAUACGGAAGUGAUAGAAUGAGACACUCAGGCUCAUACAGCCCAGACUUUCCUUCAGAUUAUCCAGGGUUCAACUUCACAUUCCGCAGCCCAGAUGAGGUUUUCAGAGAGUUUUUUGGAGGCCAGGAUCCUUUCGCCAGCUUCUUUGAUGAAUUUUCAUCAUUUGGCGGUCCAUCUUCCCGCAUGGGGCCCAGUCGGUUCUUCUCCUUCCCUUCAGCAGGAGCUGAAUUUACAUCAUUUUCAUCCAUGGGUGGUUUUCCUGACAUGGGCAGUAUGGCCGGAGGCAAUUUCAAGUCUGUGUCUACGUCCACUCGCAUCAUAAAUGGCAAACGCACUACCACCAAAAAGAUUAAAGAGAACGGACAGGAAAGAACAGAGAUCGAGGAAGAUGGCGUGUUGAAGACCGUGCUCAUAAACGGUGUGCAGGAUGACAUGGCACUUGCACUGGAGCUGAGUAAGCGAGACGGCCAACCCCAUCAAACACCCUCAAAUCCUUCAAUCCAAAACAGAUCACCCCUCAACACGAAUAGAAGCCGUCUCGGCACGCAUUCUGCAGCCACGCAUCGCUCAUUUAGCGCCGCCCCUUUCUACAACUACGGAGGCAUUGCCGGUGGUGAGCAAGAUGAGGACGAUGAAGAUCUGCAGAUGGCGCUGGCGUGCAGCUUGUCAGAAAUGGAAGCCCAGCAGAGAACAGCUGCUCCAGACUUCAUAUCAGACUCAGACUUUGAGGCCUUCACCAGCUAACCCCAUUGGCUCGCGCUGCACUGCGAACAUGCGCCUCAUCUUUCGGCAGCCCAUGAUGCACUCUGUCACGCCUCUCCUCUCCAUGGUUUCUACGUGAUGAAUGUUACAAAAGUCUGCUUUAUAUAGUGUGGAUGUCUGUGAAUGAAGUGGGAACGACUGGAAUUUGAUUGGAUCAUCUCUGAAUCGAACGAUUCGUGUUGAUUUUGUGAAGAAAAAAAAAAUGCACACCCUAUGAGAAAAUGUAUCCCAACAAUUACAGGCUCAUACCAAAAUUAUUUUAAUUUAAGGGAAAUAAAGCAUUUCCUUCA